AGGAGCGGCCUCCAACAGGAAGAGACCGGGGACUCAGGUGUCGACUCGCCUCACCGUCGCGGGGCUGGCCGGGUCCGGAGCGGUGGAGGAGCGCUGCUGCUGCUGAUGCUGCUGCUGCUGCUGCUGCUGCUGCUGCCGGAGAGUCGGAGGCUCUCUACAGGUCUGUGGACGACGGCGCCGAGCCCACGGCUCCCUGGGGGGAGACCGCUUUUCGGGGCUUCUGCGGCGACUUCUCCCGCCCGAGUUGCGGGGUCGAAGAGCUCCUGGAGCGGGGCCUGACACCGCUGCCCCGCGCGGCUGGAAUGGCCGCGGACUCUGCGAGCGCACGCCGGGGGCUCCAACAUCAAGACCCGGUGUGCGACCUCGCACCACCCGGCGUGGCUUUAAUGGCCGCGGGACAAUCGCCAUCGCCAGCCGGGGGCUAUGACUUUGACUCUGAUAUCGGGGGGGGGGGGGGGGGAGAGUGCAGUGGAGAGAUACGUUUAUUUGGCCUCCAUCACAGUUAUGUGAUGGAUGUUUAUGUUAAAUGUAAUUAUGUUGUGUCUGGGGUCUAUUUGUGUGUUAUGUAUGGCUGCAGAAACGGCAUUUCGUUUGGACCUCCAGGGGUCCAAAUGACAAAUAAAUUGAUUCUGAUUCUGAUUCUGAUUCUGAACACCAAUCAGCCAGCUACAAAAAGGCCUCAGUUAAGCCAUUUUGAGAACUUUGCAAGCAUGGAUGCAGGGAGAGCAAGAGGCAGAGGAAGAGGAAGAGGAAGAGGAGGACGCGGUCGAAGAGGCCAUGCACGGGCCAUUAUUUCCGAUGACAUAAGAGCAACUUUGGUGGACCAUGUCAUAAACAUUGGCCUGACUAUGAGGGAAGCUGGGCAGAGAUUCCACCCUAAUCUAAGCCGUUGCACAGUUUCAUCCAUAAUAAGGACAUUCCGACUGGAAAACAGAAUGACUAGAAGACCUUCUGGUGGUGGACGCCAACGCCUGUUCACCCAACAGCAGGAACUUGCCAUUGUGGACCUAGUCAGAGCAAACAAUGCAAUCCGUCUCCAGCAGCUACGGCAACAAAUACUUGCAGAUAGGCAAGUGAUCAACAACAUAAACCGAGUAAGCAUCACCACUAUAAGACGCAUCUUGAUAAAGCACAAAAUGACCAUGAAGCAACUGUACAGGGUCCCAUUUGAGAGGAACAGUGUCAGGGUCAAAGGACUUCGACGUGAACAUGUACAGAGAAUCUUGGCCAUGGAUGGAGCUGCACAGCCUCAUGAAUUUAUUUACAUUGAUGAAGCUGGAUUCAACCUUAGCAAAACAAGACAACGGGGUCGUAAUAUAAUUGGCCAAAGGGCAAUUGUGUACGGCCCGGGGCAGCGCGGGGGAAAUAUCUCAUUUUGUGCCACCCACCACCUCACUGCCGCGGAACAGUGCCUGGCCACGACCCCGCUCCUAGUUCGGUUGGCAGCCCUGCAGUGCGCAUUUGCAGGGCGGCAUAUGCGCACAACCACGGCCGAUGGUGCUGGCCGUAAUUGUGCGUAUGUGAUGGAGAGGAUGUGCAGGCCGUGGCAGUGCGUAUGUGCAAGGUGGCCUGCCAUCCUGGCAGAUGAGGAGCGAGCGGAGAGCGAAGAACCGAGACCCGGACACGGAUGUCCUGCCUGGACUGACAGGACACCAGCCUGGAGCCGUGGAGCUAGCACUGCUUCUCGGCGCCACGGAGAGGACCCGGCAGCGUUAGCGGAGAGGUCGGUGCGGUGGCUGAUGAUGGUGCCGACCGAAUGA